AAUAUCAAGAUUCCUCUUAACUUAAAUUACAUGUCAUUUAUGUGACUUGUUUGUCUCUCACAAUCCCCAACUCCUCCAUUACUUAUUUUAUAUUUCAGACCCAUGGCCUUCAUCUUCUAUUUCCUUUCCUCCAUCAAAUCCUUCACUGCAUGCAACAAUUUCCAUGGUCACCUGCAGCUACAAAAUGUUCAAGUACUCCAAUAGAACCCGUCUCCCUCUUCGCCGAAGGCGCAGACUCCAUUUUUGCCGACCAGCGCCUCUGUUUUAUGCAUAAACACCAACACCACCUUCCUGAAGUUAACAUUGUUAUCUUAAUGUUCAUUCCGUUUGAAUGGCUUCAUUCCGAACUCAGCAACAUUUGUAGGUCUCUCUUGAGGGUGAAGCAGUUACACGCAUUCCUUUUGAAGACCUAUCUCUCAGAAGACCCUUUUUACGCAACAAAAAUUCUCAGGCAGUAUGCAGUCAACAGCGACAUCAACUCGGCCCAUCAUGUGUUCGACAAAACUUCCGACCGAAGUGUCUACCUUUGGAAUUCCAUGAUUCGAGCUUUCGCGCAGUCCCAAAGAUUUUUCAGCGCAAUCUCUCUGUUUAGAACCAUGCUUGGGGCUGACAUAAGUCCUGAUGGUCACACUUAUGCUUGUGUUAUACGUGCGUGUGCUGACAACUUUGAUUACGGUAUGCUAAGGCGUGUUCAUGGAGGUGCUGUGGCUGCAGGAUUAGGACUGGACCCUGUUUGUUGCAAUGCACUUGUGACUGCUUAUUCAAAACUUGGUCUUGUUCAUGAAGCGCGUAGAGUGUUCAAUAGGAUCACUGAACCAGAUAUAGUUUUAUGGAAUUCGUUGAUUUCUGGCUAUGGGAGCUCUGGUCUAUGGGAUGUGGGGAUGCAGAUGUUUAGUGCGAUGAAACUUGUCGGGAAGAAGCCUGAUGGAUAUACCCUGGCUGGGUUGCUUGUGGGUAUUGUAGAUUCUGGGGUGCUGAGCAUUGGCCAAGGAUUACAUUGUUUAAGUCAAAAGAGUGGGCUUGAUGCUGACUCUCAUGUUAGUAGUUUGCUGGUGAGUUUUUACUCGAGAUGUAAGUGUAUGGAUUAUGCAUAUAGAGUCUUUUGCAGUAUUUUGAAUCCUGAUUUGGUCACAUGGUCUGCUCUUAUUAUGUGGUAUUCUCAGGCUGGGGUGUUUGAGAAAGUGCUGUACCUUUUUAGGAAAUUAAACAUUGAAGACAGGAAGGCAGAUACUGUCUUGGUUGCCAGUGUAUUGGCUUCUAUUGCUCGGACGGCAAAUGUAGGACUUGGGUGCGAGGUACAUGGAUAUGCUCUUCGGCAUGGAUUGGAACUAGAUGUCAGGGUCUCCUCUGCUCUAAUAGAUAUGUAUUCAAAGUGUGGUUGUUUGCAGUUGGGAAUUAGUGUUUUCAGGAUAAUGCCAGAGCGGAAUGUUGUUUCUUAUAAUUCUAUAAUUUUGGCUUUUGGCUUGCAUGGAUAUGCUUACGAGGCUUUUAAGGUGUUUGAAAAGAUGCUGGAGAAAGGAUUGGUACCUGAUGAAGCCACAUUCUCUUCUCUCCUUUCUGCCUGUUGUCAUGGUGGCCUCGUCAAAGAUGGUCGCGAGAUUUUCCGGAGAAUGGAGGAAGAAUUUAACAUCAGACCUAGGGCUGAACACUAUGUUUACAUGGUGAAGCUCCUUGGAAGUUCUGGGGAGUUGGAAGAGGCUUACAGUCUGAUCCGGUCUUUACCAGAACCUGUAGACAAGGCCAUCCUGGGAGCCUUAUUAUCUUGCUGUAAUUCUCGCGGAAAUUCUGAGCUGGCAGAAACUGUAGCACAGCAGCUUUUUGCAAAUAAUCCUGCCGAUAAUGUAUACAGAAUUAUGCUUUCUAAUAUAUACGCGGGUGAUGGGAGGUGGGAUGAUGUUAAGAUGUUGAGGGAUAAAAUAACAGGACGUAUGAGAAAAAUGCCCGGACUAAGCUGGAUUGAAAGCAGUUAGCCAGUUGCCUCUCUUUCCAGAAACAGAGAGGAUUCUCCAAAAGUUUCAGUGGCUGAUCUCACUCAAGUGCUGCCUAUAUGUUCUCUUGUUAUACUUGGGUCCCAAUGUCAAUCUUCAACAAGGUUAAAGGGGCCGUUUCGUAGGAAAACUCAACCAUCUUAUUGUCACCAUACCUGGCAUCACCUUUAUAGUUAGUGUAUCAUGAUCAUACAAGAGACCCACUUCUAGGUAAUGUGGUCUUAUGGGAGGAAAUUUCGUUUAAUUGAGGAGAAAGAAGCAUAACAUAUUUGUGGUUGAAAAUUGUGCUACGGUAUCGGUUGCAUGCAAGUACGUGGCUAAAUUAGGAGACAUUCAAUAUAUGACAUUUAUAUGUGACAAUCAAGUUAUAUUUCUGAUAGGCAAUACAUCAAAUCCAAUCUUUCUUGAUCGGGCCAAACACAGAUAGAUUGCUACUAAGAAAAAAAUCUGUUUUAAGAGGAAUUUAUAAGUGACUUUGUCAACUCUAAUGACUGGUUGACCGACAUUCUCAGCAAGUUCUUGGAAGCUUUCAUCAUGAUUACAUUUUAGCAAGAUUGUGCUUUAACCUGGAGAGGAGUGUUAUAUUUGAAAUAAUUAUCCCCAUAAAUAAGUGUUGCUGUUACAACAAUUUUAGGAGUUUAAUUAUUCUUUUGUAUUUGUGAUUGAUUUUGUUGUACCCUAAUGUGCUCACAUACAACACAAUAUUCAGAUAUGUUCUUUUUUGUAUGAUAGUUUACAAAUAAAGUACCACAUAAGUGAUUUGGUCGUUA